GUUACGUAGCAUUAUAUCGAUCACAUUUAGGAUGAUGCUGAGGAUAGUUUGGCUGGACACAGUGGCUACAUCAAGUGCCAACCUCAUCCCCUAGCGACUGAAUGUCACAUCUACCCGGCAUCUCACUGCUAAUAGCUAACGUUAAGUUACCAUGUCCAUGAUGCAGGGAAAUGUUAUUCCAUUCCCAGUGAAGCUGUCGAUGGUAUUUUGCUCUCUUACGGCAUCCCAACUUUUUCUUAAAUUGAGGUAACGAUUCAUCUUCUAUUUGAACUUAAGGGGAGCAGAAGACCACGACAGUGAGUGACCCGAAUUGAGAAAAGGCUUCUUAACCUCAACUCUUUGUUGCCAUGGCACCCCAUCCUGUGGUGCAGGCCAUUAUAGACCUGACUGCCGGAGCAGUGGGUGGUACGGCAUGUGUGUUUAGCGGACAGCCCCUGGAUACAGCCAAAGUGAAGAUGCAAACUUUUCCAAAACUAUACCGUGGAUUUUUGCAUUGUUUUAUAUCUACUUAUCGACAGGUGGGCUUGCGUGGGCUGUACCAGGGAACCACUCCGGCGCUGGUCGCCAAUAUUGCUGAGAACUCCGUGCUGUUUAUGAGCUACGGCUUCUGUCAAGAGGUAGUGCGCAUGCUAGCCGGCACAUCAAGUGGAGAGGCACUCAGUGAUGUCCAGAAGGCCUGUGCAGGCUCGGUAGCAUCUGUCUUCUCCUCACUGGUUCUCUGUCCUACGGAGUUGGUCAAGUGUCGUCUGCAGGCGAUGCAUGAAAUGGCCGCCACUGGCAAAAUCAAAGCCACUCAGAAGUCUGUUUGGUCUGUGGUACGGUCCAUCUGGACCCUGGAGGGGCCACAGGGGUUCUUCCAGGGCCUGACCACCACCAUCGCCCGAGAGGUCCCCGGAUACUUCUGCUUCUUUGGGGCAUAUGAACUAAGCCGCACUGCCUUUGCCGACUACUUCAAAUGCUCUAAAGAUGACAUUGGUGUGGCUCCGAUCGUGUUCAGUGGGGGGCUUGGGGGUGCGUGUCUGUGGCUGGUGGUCUACCCCAUGGACUGCAUCAAGUCAAGAAUUCAGGUGAUGUCCAUGCUGGGACAGCAAGCCGGCUUCCUGAAGACCUUCAUGACAGUAUUCCGAGCAGAGGGAGUGAGGGCUCUGUACUCCGGUCUGACCCCCACCAUGUUGAGGACCUUCCCUGCAAACGGCGCCCUCUUCCUGGGCUACGAGGCCAGCCGGAAGCUCAUGAUGGAGAGAUUUGACCACUGACAGAAAAGCUGUGUGUGCAUACUGAAAGAAGGUGUGUGUGUGUGUCCAAACAGAGACGAUGCGUGUUUGUGUGUGGGCCCUGACAGAAAAGCGGUACAUGUGUAUGUGUGCUGAGAGAGAAGGUGCUUUGAGAGUGUAUGCUUGCGUGUGCGAGAGAAGGUGUUUGUGUCUACUAAGAGAAAUGUCUGUAUCGGCUCCCACACACAGCUGCAUGCGGUGCAGUGCUGGAGACGCGUCCAGUCCACUUUACAUGGGCUUACGUCAUCCGUUGCUGAACUGAAUUGUGGGUACGUUGCGUCGCCUUGCUCCCGUCGCUCGCGACGAAAAGUUCAACUUUUGCUGCACCGACGGAAUUGCGAUUAUACUUGCAUACGGUGAUUUGCAUAGCUACCGUCGGGAACACCCACUGGCAUGUGUUGACGGAACGAACGCAACUGUGUGUGGGUGCCGUAAGUGCAUCCAUGUGUGGUCAUUUCUGAUUCUGAAUGUUAAAUGUACAGUUUUAGAGGAGUAUUUCAGUGUGUGUGUGUUUAAUGGAAAGUGAUCGGAAAGUGAUUUAGGGUUUCAUUUAAUCUAGGGGUAGGUUUAGGGUUUUAUUUGACCUAGUAGCCUUAACUGUAAUCACAGCCACAGACUGGAGUGUGUGUUGAAGUGAGGUUAUUUAUUAAUUUAGUUAACAGUUGUUUGGUAUGAAAUGUGUGUGUGUCUACAGAGCCUCAUGAUUUGUCUCCAAAUAACGCACAACUAACCAAUAUACUACAGGCUGUAGUUAGAGGUAAUUAGGAGAAAUUAAAUGGAAAUUGGAUUCUAUGAAAAGACUGAAGAAGCCUGCUCAAAAUGCAGUAUAUUACCUUAUCAGCAUUCAUACCUGUGGUAGCUUAACUCCGCUGCAACCAAUGUCUGGUACAAUAGCCACUGCCAUCCUGGGGUUAUUUAAGAAUUUUAUGCUUGGUCCUACCUGGCUUGAAGUACAUAGCUUGCUUUUAUAGUUUCUCUUCAUUGUCAUGACAUAUUUCCUGAUAUUAUUAUUAUUAUUAUUUUAUAUUUACCAAAACGUUAAACUAAAACCAUUAUAACUAAAUGCUGUGCUGAGUGAUUAUUGGUUAUAGGUUUAUGGUUUAUCCCCUUAAUAACCUCUUUUGGGGCUUUUUAAAGAGAGAGAGAGAGAAAGAUGGUGAGUGGGUCGCAACGGCUAUUCUGAUCAAAGAUUCUACAGCACUUGAGAGCACCUGAUCGGAAUAGAACGUACCCCAUGUAUAAAGAUGGCACAGAUUUUUCAUUCGGAAUAGUUUAAUCGGAAUGACAAAUAAACUGUCCUUGUAAACCCACCUACUGUCGUCUCUUACACAGGGUAUCUGCACAUUUCCCAAGUACAAAUUUAAAGACUUUUAAAUUUUUUCAGGACCUUUUCAAGACAUCUAAAUGGAAAAAUUAAUACUAUACCACGGCAAAAAAGAUUCAACUUAAAACUUGUUUUUUCUACUAUAGUAGAAACUUUUCUACUUUUUUUUAUUUUAUUUUAACACCCACCCCAUUUGGGAUGUCUACAGAAGUUACCAAAUAUAUUUUGGUGAAAGAAAAUAAUUGUGUGUGAA